AUGGGUCCGACAUGGACUAGUACAGUACUACGACGUACUACGUACGUACUACGACGUACUACUACCACUACAGAGUUCUUCUCCUCGUUUUCCCCACCCGCCACCGCCACCGCCACCCCGGGCCAUACAUACAUACAGUACGUCACAGGUCGUGUACCUACCGCUGGCUUCUUCACGCAGCACCAAGAAAGCUUGCUGGCUGGCUGGCUGGCUGGCUGGCUGGCUGGCUGGCUGGCUGGCAUCUCACCAAUCGAAGCUCAAGGCCGCCGCCGGUCAGCCAGUCAGCCAAGGGGCCUCCCCGUCGCCGCCUCCAGCCACCGCGCCCUCAUCCCCUCCCGCGAGCGCAGUCCGGAUCGCCCCUGGUGUGGUCAGAGAGCGCUCUUGUGCAGACGCGCCAGAUCUCUGCGACACGAUGAGCCGGGUCUGGUAUUCGUGCCACGUGGAAACGGCCGAAUGUCGCGGAGGAGGGCGGCAGAGGAGGGAGGGAGGGAGGCUGUGUAUGAGCGCUGGGAAGGAGAUCGGUCCGAGGCGGGAAGGGGCCCGAGGAGAAGCUGUGCAGGAGACCGUACAGAGCAAGCGCUCGAUUAUCCCCUCGAUACUGGCCCGAGAGACGGUGGGUGGGAAGAAGAGGGCUGUGGUCCAAAGCUCGCAGCAGCAGACGCACCUAUGUCGCGAGUGGGAGAGGCGACCAAAGAUAGCAAAGCGGCCAUCGAGUCCCUCUCAAGAACAAUCAUCCUAAAUACUACGUAUCGUCGUCGGCUCGCUCGAGUGGGCCUCUCCAUUCAUGCAUCCUUCCUGUCUUGGAGUCGACUGAGGAACAUUCCGGAUGCGGUAUCACGUGUGGGCCCGGCGUCAGGACAUGCCAUGCCCUGCCACGCCCCCCAUACGGAUGCUGGGCCGGGGGGAAGUGUUAAGGUUAAGAUUUCCCUCAUUAGCGAAUUUAUCCUUCGUAAUGUGGCUCGACAAACCGGUCCCGGCCAGGUUAAGGAUAUCGAACUGGGUAUCCAUACCUAG